AUGACUGCAGAAGUAUAUCCACUCACCCAACUUGCACCUUUAGCCCAGGGUUUGGCUGGUGCUGGUGUUGCUGAUAGUCAACCAGAGUAUCAUGCAGUUGAUAUCACGACUACCGAAAUUCCCACACAAACCGCUAUUUUAUUCCAGAGAUUUGCUAUUGCUCUGCAGAAGAUUACUAGCAAUGAUGAAGUUGCUUUUACGGCUGAUUUCAUCACAUACCGCGGCCAAUUGCGCGCCCACACAGGACCAGAUGGUGUUGAAGUUGUUCAGCAGAGCACGUUGAAAGAUGAUCGAGGUGUAUCUUCUGGAUGCGCCAUUCGUCUGGUCCCUAUUGAACAAGCCCAGAGAACGAAUGGCCACAUCCUGCGACAGAAACACGCACUCAUUGUGUCCCUUCGCCAACGAUUUGGUGUCGGCAGCAGUGCUCACUUGACUGUUGAGAUGCGAGCAGACCAAGCACCACGUCAUGUAUUCGACAAACUUGCCGCUGAUAUCGUCUCGGUCCUGCAAUCCGGAUCUGCCGCCAAUGCUUCCUCCCUCUACAGCACCGAACCUACCGACAAUGCUGAUAGUGCAAUGGGCAACACGGACGAUUCGGCAACAGCCGUCACUAGCCACCAGAUGAGCAACGACCCCAUCAUUCAGGCUGCUUCGCGCUUGAUUGCUAUUCGAGCCUUACAAGCUAAGAAGGGUGCUGAGCCUACCGACCGCACAGAUGCUGUCUAUCACGCGCUGUCCAAGGCUCUAGGAGCCCACGUCUUGGGACUGGACAAGACGGCCAACCUCAAGGAGAUUGGGCUAAACGAGCUUCGUGCCAUUGUGGUUCUGCAUAGCCUGAAGCUACAAGGGGUGAAUGCUCUAAGUGUUGAGGAUAUCACUUCUGCUGUCACCAUCGGCGACCUCAUCCUGGCAAAGGGCACUGCGCAUGAGCGACAAAGCGCCAAAAUCGACAUCGAUGUCGCUGCGAUUGAGGCCGAUGACGAAGAGCAAAUCAGCGAGCUUUCCACAAACGCCAAGCUUGCCCACUUUGAUCACUACUGCCGCCAACAAUGUAUCGAUAGCCUCGGCGUCAGCGCCGAUGAAGUUGAUCAGGUUCUCCCAGCCACUGGGUUGCAGAUUCGAUUCAUCCACGUCUUCAGUGACGCCAAGUACUAUGACCUGCAGCGCUACGAUGGAAGGCCACAAGCCGAGCACUUCAUCUACAAUGUGCCUGACAAUCUCGAUCCUGAAAGGCUGCAGCGUGCCAUUGAGGCCACUGUAGCUCAACAUGACUGCUUCCGCACCGUCUUUGUCCGCACAACACAUCCUGUCGCCGAGUAUGCGCAGGUUGUGCUGCUGCCUUUGUCGCCGCUUGCCAAGCUACAGACGAAAGAGGUCAUUGUACCUAACCCAGACGCUGAUAUCGUCGAUGUGCGCGAUACACAGGCUUGGCACGAUGCUCUGCUAAGCGUUCAGAAAGAAGCUGAAGCCGCCAUGACGCUUGACAAGCCUACCGUCUUUGCUUCAUAUGUCUGGUCGGAAUCAAAGAAGCGUUGCGCUGUUGUGCUGACCUUGUACCACGGCAUCUAUGACGGCGCUUCUAUCAUGCACAUUCGCGAGGCCAUUGCAUCCAACUAUGCAGGUGUCACGCCAUCCACGACGCUCCUAUCCCUGCGCACAGCCACCAGGACCAUGCUUGAUACUGAUUGGAUCGGUACGACCAUGUUCCUCAUGAAGCGUUUCACGGGAGUACCGGGCUUUGUCCUUGGGCCCAACGCGCCAAUCGCUUUGCCUCCAACCCAACCCAAGGAGGUCUUUUCCGUCAUCCCAAGCGACACGCACAUGGGCUGUGUCAACAUGCAGUCGUCGCUUAGCAUGGACCAACUCGUCAACAAAGCAGCCGCCAACGUCAACUCCUCUCUCAGUCUUGUUGCCCAGACUGCUUGGGCCAAGGUCCUGUCCAAGACGCUCACCCCAGAGAUGCUUGAUAGCCCGUCAGGUGUACAGUUUGGCAGUGUUGUGAAUGGCAGAUUAGACGACGAAGCCCAGCGAGCGAUGGCACCCAUGAUGGCAAACUAUCUGGCGCAUGUGCCAACUGCCAAGCACAAGAUGUCCACCAACCGCGAUAUUUGCCAGUUCCUGUCGCAGCAAAAUGACGAAAUGAUUCCAUUCCUUCACACACCAUGCCCUACUACAGAUGUUGCAAGAAUGGAGGAUGCCAAACUGGAUCUUCCUGGUUGGCACAAGGACAAGAACCUGCAGUGGCCAUACAAGGAGUUGGACAUUGGUUUCCCCCUGUUCGUUGAGCUUUGGCCUAGUUCUGAGGGCUGGAGUCACAACUUGACCUUUAAAUUGAUUUACAACAAGCGUCGCCCUGGCUAUGAGUUUUUAACAGAUGACUGGGUUAAGAGUGUUGCUGUUGCGUUUGAUACUGCUUUGGCGGAUGUGCUGGAUAAUCCUGAUGGCAAGUUUUUGUAA